GUGAAUAACAUCAGACUUUUCAAAUGAUCAUAAAUCAAUCAAUUUUCUCCACAUCAAUCACGACUCAAAAUCUUAUCAAUCGUCAUCAAUCAUAAGUUUAGCUAAUAAUUCGAUAAUAUAGUAAGUUUUCGCAUUGAUGCUAUCGCUUUACCUGCUUAAUUAAUUGAUUGAAAAGUUUGUCUUGAUCUCUGGACUUUUUAUCGAUCUAUCGCGAAUUUGAUCCACCUUACCCUCCUCAUUUUCGUCGUGGCUCCUCUUCAUCCUCCCCAAAGUCGUGGAAAUCCCCUCGAAAGCUGGCGAGGAGGAUACCGUGGCAUGAAUACUCCUUCAGCCUAUACGCCUCUCGAAUGUUUAUUGUUAUUCCAGUCUUUAGUCGCAUAUGGCACUGAUCCAAACUCGUUCGUUCAAAUUUCCCAACUCUUGACAAAUAAUUCCUUGGUUAAGGAUGGGGAGACCUACGAUGCCGGAAGACUGAGCGCGGAAUUACUGGGGGAUCUAUAUUUACGACUUUUGCGGGAGGAAUUAAAAAAUGAUGCCGAGCAAGAUGUGCAGGAAGAAAAUGGACCAGCACCGUCAAAAAAACGAAAACUCUCAAGCCCACCUUUACCUACAAUAAAGGAUGCCCAACCCUACCGAGAAAAACUGCCAAUUUUGGUUGAGAGAUUAUAUGCGCGGUAUAGAGAUUAUAUGGUACGCGCGAUCAGGGAAGAUGAGGAAAAUUACCGGGCUAUUCAACGAGAUAUUGCCGCGAUUGAGAGGGGAGAUUGGGAUGAGAGAAUAUUAAGAGGAGAGCGGGCUGUGAUUGAACAAAAUGGACAUAGACAAGCCGAAGAUGCUGGCACGAAGCUGAAUGGUAUCACUAGCAGUGUUCUUAACACGGAUGAAGGUAAAUCACAAGAUUCCAAACCUCUGGAUAGCAGACCACAGGAGCCACGGCCGACAGAACCAAAGCGUCUGGAGCCCCAACUUCCACAAAUCAAAUCUUUUGAGAUAGCUAUUCCUCCACCCUUACCUCAAGUUGUAAGAGAGCAAUCAAGAACAAAAGCAUCUCCGUCUCCAGGCCCUUCGCCAAGAACCGAAGGCCGACCAGAAGGUUUGGCUAUCAGUGAUGUUUUAAACUCUCAAAAUUCCACUCCCAUUCCCCCACAAAAGCAUAUUACGGAACAGCAACCUCGAAAUGGCACGCAACAUGGGGCGCCACCAAUGGCUCAUCAAAGAUCUGGCAGUCAUGGCAGUCACGGCCCUCAUGGUCCGUCUCCUUUACAAAGUCAAGCUCAUUCGCCUCAACUUGGUCCUCCUCCUUUGCAAUGGGAGCCACCAUUUCACCCUGGCCCCAACCCUCCACAAUUUCAUAACUCCCAGCCUGGAUCGCCACAUCCAUCUCCGCACUCCCAAUUUUACCCUCCACAAUUUCCUCCACAUACAUAUCCUCCUCAUUCAUACCCUUCUCCUAACCACCGGAAUUCUCUACCUAGUCCACAUUUACCUCCGCCCCAUCAUUCUGUACCAUCUUCUCCAUUGAACCCUCAAUAUCAACAAGGUGUUCUUUUGCCACCGCCUCAUACGAUGGGCAGGUCCCCAAGCACGUCUGGCACGCAGCUAGAUACGUUGGCAGACAUUGCUGGACAACAAUAUCGUGCAGCUUCCGGUUCUCCUAUGCUUCAGCAAGGGCCAUUACCUCCUGUAUCCCUGCCUCAAGGAUCUAUGUCACAUGUUCCGCCUCAUAUUCCAUAUACGCAUUCCUUCCCACCUCCACCCCCACAAAGACCUCUGUCUUCGACUGGCCAUCCUCCUCCACAAUGGAAUACUCCCUUCCAACCGCCGUACCCGGUACCAAACUAUCAAUUCAAUGGACCGCCGCCCAAUAACCGACCACCUUUCCCCCGACCAGAACUUGUUGCUCUCGAGAACAGGCAAUAUAAUUCACCAUACAACGCAAAUCAAAGUCCACGGCCCUCCCUACCUACGAAUACUCCAAUGCAGCACAGGCCACAAUUACCACGACCUCAUACUCCGUUAUCUCAAGCACCUCAGUCAUUUAUGACUGGAAGUGGCACUAAAUGGACUCCAAGACCAUCUGGGGCUACUCCAAGAUUACCUAGAGAGCCUUCCCGCCCUCAAAUCGAGCCUCUUAGUCCUGUUUUAAAACCUAAAGUGUUAUCUCAAUCCGUGGAGAAGUCGUCACAUAAGAGAACACAUUCAAAGCAGGAUUCCGCAAAGACAGGCAAGCCACAUACACCAAGCACACUACGCAAGCGAGCCGGCAGCACAACCUCAACUCCUACUACAGGACCAUUCAGAAGGAGUCAGUCGGUACAUUCACAUGCCGACGAACUCUCUUUGGACACUGAAAACUCUGGUCUUCAUUUUAAACAAGAAGUCGCGACACCUCGUGGCGUUGGUGAUGUAGCAGAUAUUGCGGCUGAUGAAAGUACCAGUCGACUAUCUAAAGUACCACAAUCACCUCGUCAAGUGAUGAAGCGAAAGCGCCUUGAUAGUCCUGAACUUAGGGAGCCACGAGGGCCACCUCUUUUUGUUCUAUGGACUCGCGCUUUUCCAAAGAUCAGUGUCUCUGCUCUAGAAUCCAUUAGUGGUCAUCGAAAUGCGAGCACAUUUGCAAAUCCGGUCAAGGAACGCGAUGCUCCAGGUUACAAAGAUCUUAUUCUUCGUCCACAAGAUCUCAAGUCUAUUCGAACAGCCAUUACAGCUGGACAUAAAGCUGCAGCGGCUGUAGCAGCUGCUCAAGCUGCACCUGACGAUCAAGGUCAAUCAAGUGCAUGGCUUCCUAUCUCUGAAGAUUUAAUUCCUCCAAAAGGCAUAAUAAAUUAUGCUCAAUUUGAAAAAGAAUUGAUGCGAAUGUUUGCCAAUGCUAUUAUGUUUAAUCCAGAUCCAGAUCGUGGAUUUGGAAAAUCAUUUGAAAACAAGAAGAAAGAGUCUGAAAGAGGAGCAGUGUAUGAAAUCGAUGAAAACUCAUUGGUGAAGGAUACAAGAGCCAUGUUCAUGGAUGUCGAGAAAGAUAUCGGCGCUUUAAGAAGUGCAGAGAGGAGAAGCGAAGAAGCGGCUGAAAGAGAAGCUCUUGGUGGUCCUUGGGGUGUUAGACAUAUAAUUAAUCAUGUGGCUCCUGAUGAUGAUGAAGUUGAUGAAUUGGCGGGGGAUGGUGAUGCGGGUGUAGGUAACGGUGGUGGCUCGUUAAAAAGAAGAAGAAAAGUGUAAGGAUGCGGUUUCGCUUGUAGUAUUUAUUUUAACACUUACAAGGGUUACCUACUUAUGUAUGUAUAUAUCAUUGUGCAAUGAGAUAAGAUAUAUGUUAAUGAAAAUGAGAAAUUUCCUCAUAUAUCUCAUCUAUUU